AUGGAGUCACGCACUUUUGGCACGCAGGGCUGCGCGGCCGCCAGUCGCCACGCGAACGCUCCAGACGACGUCCCUGCAUCGAGUACGCGGCGAGAGCGCGAGCGUGAGCGGUUGCGCAAGGUCUCGGCUUGUAGACGGCGCGAGAACCCUUCUCCGGCCGCAGCACAGCGCUACCGCGAGUACUUGCUCUGGACGGAGACGAGGCCGGUGCAGUUUGGCGACGAGCCGCCAAACGACACGUACGAGAUCUUCAUGAAGGAGCGCCGGCGCGAGGAGAAGGCGCGGCUGCAAGAUGGCGCCGCGCCGCCAGCGCUGCUGCCGCCGCCGCCGCCGCCGGGCCAGCCUAGUGACCCCACACUCCCCCACUUGUGGGUGCUCCCGCUCGAGGGGCAAACGGCACAAACGGGCCGGCUCGCGGACUUCAUGGCUGCAGCUGCGCUCGGCCUCGAGGAUGCUUCCACAGUCGUGAAGUCGCUCGUCUGCACAGCCUCCACGGGCAAGCCGAUACUGGUGCUGACCUCCGGCUCGAGUCGCCUCGACAUGAAGAAGGUCGGUCGAUGGGCCAACUGCCGCGUACGCCUCGCCACGCCGUCGGAGGUGCAAGCCUGCACGGGACACGUCGCCGGAGAGGUGCCUCCGCUAUGCGCAGAUGCGAGCGACACGCUGAGCGUCCUCAUGGACUCCAGAGUGCUCGACCUCGGCUCAACUGUUUACGCAGGAGCGGGCGAGCCGGGCCUGCAUCUCCGCACGAGCCCGGCAGAGCUGCUUCGAGCCUCGUGCGCCGUCGUGGGAGAUUUCACGGUGGCGGCGACAGCAGAGGCGUCAGCAGCGGCAGAGGCGGCAGCAGCGUCAGCAGCGGCUCCUCUCCCCGCGGCGCUGGCGCCGCCAGAGCCCGCGAGCUCGGCGGAGGAGCGCGGCCUCGACCAGCGAGCUGGCGGCCCGAGCGCGCGCCCUCUGCGCAGCGACGUUGCGGCGGUGUUAGCCGCGCGACCUCUCGCCGACGGCCUCGUCGAGCUGCCUCGCUGCGAGGUGCUGCGCGUGCGGAGGCAGGCGCGCUUGCUGCUCUUCGCCACGCUGCGCGUGCUGGCGCCGCCGCGCAAGGCUGCAGACGGCAGCCCGCUCGAGCUGCCCGCCGGCACCGGCGACUACCAGCUGAUUGUCGGCAAGUCGUUUGUGCGCUCGGUCGGGGAGGAGGAGGCGCACGCGCGAAUGCGCAGGGUCCGGGCGGGCAGCCUCCUCCGCGCGAGAGGGCGGCUGCAGCUCAACCCUCGCCUCACCGGGCCGGACUUGGUCGCCUGCGAGCUGGAGCUACUCGCGAGCCCACAGGUAGAGGCGCAGAAGGAGCCGCAGAAGGAGCCGCAGGACGCGCCAUCAGUGAGGCCGCCGCAGAAGCAAGGCACGCCGGAGACGCGCCGGGCCGCCGCCUCGGCCGAGGAGCGGCCCUUUUCCUCGCCUCCGCUCCGUGCGCCGAAGCGGCCUCCACGGGUCCUCUCUGUCCAAGACGGGGCCGGGAUCGCCGCCCUCUCGGCCGCGCUCGACGAGGCGGUGUCUCGGGGAGAGCCUGUUGCGUUCGACUGCGAGUGGCGGCCGCGCAACUGCCACGCGGACCCUUCCGACGACGACGGCUCGCUGCAGCUGCUGCAGCUCGCCACGCGGCGCGAGGCUUUUGUCGUCGACGUCGCCGCCUUCGCCUCGCCCGGCGCCGAGGAGAGCCGCUCGGAGCUGCGGCGCUGCCUCCUCCGCCUGCUCCGCGCCGAGGAAAGCGAGAAGCUCGGUUUCGCCUCCGGCGAGGACCUUCGCCGGCUCGAGACCUCGCUGCCGGGCGUCACCGAAGGCGCCGCGAACAUGCGCGACUUGCAGCGCGCCGCGACGAGGGCGGUCGGCUCGCCGCGCCGGACGGUGGUUGGGUUGGCCGGCGCGUGCGAGGCGCUGCUGCGAGCGAGUCUUGACAAGUCGCGCCAGAGCUCCGACUGGGCCGCGAGGCCGCUGUCGGCGGAGCAGCUCGAGUACGCGGCGCUCGACGCUUUCGUGCUGCUCGAGCUGGAGGAGGAGCUCAGCCGGCUGGCGCUGCUCCCUCCGAGCCCGCCGCGCGGCGACGCGAGGGCGUCGGUCGCACUCGCACGGGAAUCUCCACCGCCCGCUCGCACCUCCUCACCGCAGCCACCCCCGUCCCCUCCGUCGCUGGCUCCGGUGUCGUCGCGGGCCCUCCCCCUCUCCGGGCUGGAGGCGAUGCUCUCCUCGUACGUCGGCCUCCCACUCGGAGGCCGGAGGAAGGUCUUGCGGCUGUGCGCGGCCGGCUCGGCUGCGGCGGAGGAGGCGCAGCUCGACGAGCGAGAGAUCACGUCGGCGGGCGGGGGCGGGCUAACGCUGUGGGGAGACGGGUCGGCGUGCUUCUACAUCAACUCGCAGAGCUCUCGGCCGGGCGCAAAGUACCGCAACCAGUUUUGGCGCGAGGGGCGCGGCGAGCUCGCGGGCGAGGUCCUCUUCUCGUGGUACUUUGGACGCGACCAGCGGCUGUCUGACGGCUGGGUGCAGCCCGCGCUGAGAGGGGAGGUGGAGCUACUCCUAUUUUGCCGCCCGCAGACACGCAGCUCUCGCCGGCCGUACCGCUUCUGCGGCCGAAUCCGGGCGGCGGCCGUCGCUCUGCCGCCGGGAGAGGAGGGCGUAGAGGGUGCGGAGGGAUGGCCACCCGUCUGGUCCACGGAUGGCGCAGCGCACGUCGUCUGGCGUUUGGUUGAUGCCGACGCUCUGAUUGAGAGCACGCACGGCGCUUUCGAGGACGUGUUUGGCCCGGGCGGUGGCAUCGCGCCGAUGCGCCCGAGGGGGUACGGUAUGCAAGAGAGAAGCUGA